AUUUGGUGUGCCUUUAUUAAUUUGCUGUGCAGCCAUAUCCUAGACCGCAGUAUAUCUCUAAUUUUUUUUUCUUUUUCUUUUCUAAGUUUUAAUUUAAGUUUUAAGUUAAAGUUGGCCGAAAUAAACUCAACUAAUGGAAAUAUUGAAACGGCACCGUUUUCUUCUUGGUACCCGGUUUAGGGUUUUAAAGCCAAAACAUAACCCAGCAUGAAUCCACUGUUGAACGAAAGAGGAGCAAUGGCAUUGACUUCCUCUCUCACUUCCAUCUCCAAAUUAACUAGGAUAGCCCCCUCCAAAGCCCCAAUAGUCUAUAACCUCCGAACAACUCAACCCCAAAUUACCUACCUGCAACGCAGUCCCAUUUCAAAGCCUUUUUCGUUAUCUCAUCUGACUCAAACAUGUAGAAUCAAACCCAAAAUGCGGAAGCACAGAAUGUUGACAAUUCGAUUCCUCUUCACCGGCAUCGUUGAAGAAAUGGGAGAAGUCCAGCAACUGGGUGUCACUGAUGACGGUGGAGUCGACCUCAAAAUCCACGCAAAAACUGUUCUUGAAGGCGUAAACCUUGGUGACAGCAUCGCCAUUAAUGGAACCUGCUUGACAGUCACACGUUUUGAUACCCAUUUGGGAGAAUUCACUGUUGGCUUAUCCCCUGAAACCUUGAGGAAAACUUCAUUGAGUGAAUUGGAGAAAGGGUCGCUGGUGAAUUUGGAGCGGGCCGUCCAGCCCGUUGGUCGAAUGGGGGGACAUUUCGUGCAGGGACAUGUAGAUGGCACCGGAGAGAUAGUGGGGAUGGAGCCCGAGGGGGAUUCAUUGUGGAUUAAGGUUAGGGCUGAUAAAGGUCUGCUGAAGUAUAUUGUGCCAAAGGGGUAUAUUGCAGUAGAUGGAACUAGUCUGACGGUGGUGGAUGUUUUUGAUGAGGAGAGUUGUUUCAAUUUUAUGUUGGUGGCCUAUACUCAGCAGAAGGUAGUGAUUCCUUUGAAGAAAGUUGGGCAAAAGGUGAACUUGGAGGUGGAUAUACUUGGGAAGUAUGUUGAGAGGCUUCUCAGCAAUGGAUUUGUUGAGUCCAUUAAAGUUCAAUGAAACAACAAAGUUGUGUGGACUGAUGGUGAUGGAAACUGAUGAAACUGGAACUUUGAAACCUAUAACUCAGGUUUGUGCAAUUGCUACAUGUCUACUGUAUACCAGUAUUUCAUAUUUCAAUAAUGGGAUAUAAUGCAAGAAUUUUAAACUACAGAGUUUCGAGUAAGCAAACAUUUAGAUUUCAGAAGGUUAGAUUGAAAUUGGUAUCCAUUGUGAUAGUCUGUGCAGACUUAAUCAAAUCCCUGAAGUACUUUAUUUGAGCAUUACUUCUGUAUUGAUAAUUUGAUUUUUUUUUUUUGGCUGAAUAAAUGUUGUCUUUUUAC